GCUUACCUCGUGCAUGGAUGAUAUCAAGGCUAAGCUGAUCUUCAGAUAGUGAGCGCCGUUAUGUCAUGACUGCAAUAGUAUAACCAUGGACGUCGCGUACGAUCACGUGCAAGACGAAGCGUUGACUCCCGCAGAAGUUGCAGCACAGCGCGAGGCCUCUGCGGAGACAUCGCAGAACCUCAAUAACGACCUUCAACAAGCUUUCAGGGCCGUUAGCAGCUCGCCAUGGGGCACACGACUCGGCGGCUGGUUCAACCAAGCACGCAAGCAAGGUGAGAGCUUCGUGUCUGAAUUGCAGAAGGAAGCGCAUGAUGCGCAGGAACAGGCAACCCAUGGGUGGAGCGCCUUGAGAGAUCAGGUUGCGCAGCGAACCAGAGGAUUGAGCCUGGAUGCGAAACCUGGAGAAGAGGCUAUUGUGCCUGGGGAGGAGGCUGUACCUGGAGCACCCAAAGCCAGCACCACGUUCGCAGAGCAUGGUAAUGCUGAGGCAUCAAGCGCUACCAGCGGAGAAAAUGUAGAGAAGCCUGAGAGUCUGCCCGCAGACAUUGUCAAGGAGGCCGGUACGCUGGUUGCAAGCUUGCGAACUACAGCAGCAGCACGACUCAAAGACUUGCAGAAAGCUGAAGAUGCCGCGGAUGAGGCUCUGUUGAAGUUUGGCAGGAACAUCCGUGAUUUCCUCCGGGAAGCAGUGACCAUUACCGCACCAAGCGAUGAUGACGCCAGCAAGCCGAAAGGCGUCGAUGGUGCCGGGAACGAAGUGCUGUUCGAGACUUCCGAACCGGGGACGGGCAGGAAGGUCUUUCAUUCGACGAGGCUUGAUGCACAACUGCAUGCUAUCCACACAACAGCCGCAUCCUUCACUGAUGACCCGCAAGGGCCGCAGUGGGAAGCGUGGCGAGGCGAUUUCGAUCCGGAAAAGAAGACCGAUGACAUUGCGCACGAUCUUGACAAGUAUGACGAGCUGAGACGGGCGAUGGAGAAGCUGGUGCCGGAGAAGGUCGAGUACAAGAUGUUCUGGAUGCGGUACUACUUCUUGCGGAAGGCUAUCGAGGAAGAGGAGAGACGGCGAAAAGAGGUGCUGAGGGGAGCAGCUUCCGGCACAGCAGAUGAAGAGGUAGGCUGGGACGAUGAUGACGAGGAGCCAGAGCAAGCUGCUACACCCGGUGCCGCCGCUCCGAAGACCAGCAUUGCACCGCACAAUGAGUCGACUACGACACUGAACGCUCCCGCUUCAGCCAGCAGUGACUUCCUGAAGCCCGCUGAAAGCCGCCGAAGCCACGAAGACGAGAAAUCUGUCGCUGGCUCGGAUGCGAGCUAUGACAUUGUCUCUGGCGCUACGAGUCGCGCGGCGAACAGUCCGAGGGAAGAAAAGAGAGACCUGAAGAAGGACGAUGAAGAGGAUGAUUGGGAGUGAGCGUGAGAGAUGUGUCAGCGGCGUUCGCAGGAGUAUCGUGAAGGCCGGCUUAUUACCCACUCGAUUUUGGAGCCCGUGAAUUCAGUUGGAUGUAAGCGUCUGGAAUAAGUCGAGAACAGCAUCAUGCAGAAGAAGAUUUGAGACAAUAUUACCAUGCUCAUCAAUAACACGCAGCGUACUUAUUCUUGCGCUUCCCGCGUUAACGUACCGCCGAGCACGCGAUGAUCGUAGGCCAAUC